GAGCCACGGUCCCCGCCGACACGAUCUUUCCCACAAAUCAUAUCUUUUUAACUCAUUCGCUAUUCGCCCACCAAACCCCUCCGUAUCUCUUUCUGUCUCUCCCGAUCGAUCGAGCUAUGGAGGAGGCAAAGGUGCCACUUCUCACCAACAUAGACCGUUACUGUCAUCCAAACGACGACUCCUCCUUGCAAGCAGCCUUCCACAAGUCUAACAAUUUGUCAUUUGAUGCUGAUGAAGAUGAUAUCCAGCCCAUCAACGGAGCUAGAGAUUUCUUCAGAGAGUUCGCCGCUGAGUCCAAGAAACUGUGGUACCUUGCUGGUCCAGCCAUCUUCACUUCCAUCUGCCAAUAUUCGAUUGGCGCCCUGACUCAAGUCUUUGCCGGCCAAGUCGGAACCAUCGAGCUUGCAGCUGUUUCAGUGGAAAAUUCUGUUGUAGCUGGAUUUGCUUUCGGCAUGAUGUUGGGAAUGGGAAGUGCACUGGAGACCCUUUGCGGUCAAGCUUUUGGGGCUGGGCAGCUAAACAUGCUCGGAGUAUACAUGCAGAGAUCAUGGGUGAUCCUAAAUGCCACGGCUUUAGUUCUAAUGUUGGUUCAGAUUUUUGCGGCCCAAAUCUUGAGACUCAUAGGACAAACACCAGAUAUAUCGAAGUGGGCUGGGACAUUUGCUGUUUGGAUGAUUCCACAAAUAUUUGCCUACGCAUUCAACUUUCCAAUCCAGAAGUUCUUGCAAGCUCAGAGCAAGAUCAUUGUGAUGGCCAUCAUAGCCGCGGUGGCUAUAGUCGGCCACGCCCUGUUCAGCUGGUUGUUUAUGCUGAAAUUGGGGUGGGGUCUGGUGGGUGGGGCGGCGAUGCUGAAUGCCUCGUGGUGGUUCAUAGUGGUUGCGCAGCUUGUGUACAUUUUCAGCGGCACCUGUGGUGAAGCUUGGUCUGGAUUUUCGUGGAAAGCCUUUCAAAAUCUAUGGGGUUUUGUCAAGUUAUCUCUUGCAUCUGCAAUAAUGCUCUGCUUGGAAUUCUGGUACUUUACGUCAUUAGUUCUAUUUGCCGGAUACUUGAAAAACGCUGAGAUUGCUGUGGAUUCCCUCUCCAUAUGCAUCAAUGUACUCGGUUGGACUGUCAUGGUCGCUAUUGGAUUGAAUGCAGCCAUAAGUGUGAGGGUGUCCAAUGAACUGGGAGCAGGACGUCCAAGAACUGCGAAAUUUUCAGUGGUAGUGGUCACAUUAACCUCGCUUGUAGCCGGAAUCUUGCUUGCUCUGGUUCUGCUUAUCAGCCGAAAGCAAUACCCUGCUUUAUUCUCCAACAGCGAGGAAGUUCAACGAUCUGUAUAUGACCUAACACCUCUGCUAGUUGCCUGCGUCAUUAUUAACAGUGUUCAACCUACUCUUUCGGGAGUGGCGAUUGGAGCUGGGUGGCAAGCCUAUGUGGCUUGUGUGAACAUAAUUUGCUACUACGUCUUCGGCAUUCCUAUUGGUCUAGUCCUGGGAUAUGUAUUAAACAUGGGUGUCCAGGGCAUCUGGAUCGGGAUGCUAUCUGGAAUUACAGUUCAAAGCCUCGUCCUGCUCUGGAUGAUCUAUAAAACUAAUUGGGACAAGGAGGCUUCAAUUGCCAGAGACAGAAUAAAACGGUGGGGAGGAGAAACAGAUCCCCAAUGACUUGAUGGAAAUGCCAAUAGUUAAGAGCCUGAGUCGGAUAUCAGCAAUGGAUAGUGUGGUGACUUGGGAAAUGCAUUUUAUUAAACAUUUACUUGUGUGGCAACUGGGUUAAGCUUAUUAAUCUAAAAAGCCUAUGCUUUGAAGCGUGUUUAAAGUAGUAUAUAUGUCUACUAAUAACAGGAAGUGAGGUUCAUACAAGACGACCCCCAAGAAUUCAGUUUGGAUGCUGAAGAAUCCAUUCCUGAAGCCUUCAAUAAGUUCUUGACUUUGUACCCAAAGUUCCAAUGUUCAGAAACAAUUGAUCAAUUGAGACUUGACUUUGUACGGGUUGUUUUCUUAUUUUC